AUGUUGGAACUUAUCGACCUUUCUUCGUUGCCCCCUCAAGUGCCUGUUUACCUCUUGAUUGCUUUUUUGGGAUCGGCAUCUUUGAAUAUCUGGCUCUUGGUCUCCAAACGCAGCUUCUUACCUCUUCUUGAUGAACAGGCUUUGCAGAAAGGAGGCCUCAUCGGCCCCCCAGAGGGAUGGUGGGCGAGUGAGACCUUUUUCCAGGCAGAGAGAAGGGCUAUUUUCAGCAAGACAUGGAUAUGUGUGAGCCACCGAGGGCGUUUUGCCAAACCUGGGGAUUACGUUACGUCCGAGCUUGCAGGUUUCCGAUUUUUCAUCAUUCUUGGCAAAGAUGAGCAAAUCAGAGCUUUCCAUAACAUUUGCCGCCAUCGAGCCUUUCCUGUGGCGAGAAAAGCCUCUGGGUCAGCCAUGGUUCUGGGAUGCCAAUACCAUGGCUGGAGCUACAAUACCAAGGGAGAACUCACUAAAGCUCCUCAGUUUGACAAUGUUCCAGGUUUUGAUAAGAGCAAGAAUAGCCUGUUCGAAAUCCACACCAAAGUAGAUGCCUUGGGCUUUAUCCACAUCAACUUAACAGGAGACCAAAGCUCGGUGGAUAACAACCUUCCGAAGCCAGAGAAGAUUGGGAGGCCUGCCCGGGUUAGUCCAUCUUCACAGUUUCUCCAUGGUUGGGAGUUGGAGGGAAAGUACAAUUGGAAGGCAGCAGGUAAACUACAAUCCCCAAUUUGUGUCGCUCCCAAGAUUGUUAAAUAA